AUGCAGAAAGAGAUGUUGCCUUUCUCCUACCCCCUACACUGGCCCGCGUGCUUCAACGUGACGUCCGCUUCCCCGCUAACCAACGUCAGACCGCUGGUGUUUGUGAACGUUCCUGAGAUCGGCCUCGGUAAACCCCAGGAUAAAAAGCCUUCCUUUACUAUAGAAUCCAUUCUGGGACUGGAUAGUGGCAAGCCGCAGUCCUUAGCCGUUCCAACUUAUACGAUACCGGCGAAACAGCGGGAAACGCCUUGUUCCAGAAAUAUCAAAGCUGUUAGCGUGAAAACGUCCAAACCUAGUGAUGCUGGUGACCAAUCGAAACCGAGAGCAGCGAUACAGGGAGGAGAAAGCGAGUGUAAGACAAGUCCGGCUAAGGCCAAGCGGAUACGGACAAUCUUCACCGCCGAGCAGCUGAAUCGCCUCGAAGCCGAGUUCUUGCAGCAACAGUAUAUGGUCGGUCGGGAGAGGUCGCAUCUGGCAUCGGAACUCAACCUGAAAGAGGCCCAGGUUAAGGUGUGGUUUCAGAACAGACGGAUCAAAUGGAGAAAACAGCACUAUGAUGGUCAACUACGAAAAGAAACGAGGCUUGAUCACGACACCGAGAACUUGUUGACACCAGAAAACACCAAAAACGUGUAAAGACACCCAGCGGAAGUAUAUCUAGUCGGAAAGUGCUAUGUCCAGUUCUGGUCAGCAGAAUUCUUAGCAUAUCUAUAACAUCAUUACAAGUUCUAGGCUUUCUUAGAGAAUAGAUAAGGAGGAGGAAACCCUUCCGAACAACUUAUAGAAGAUAUGCAUUGUUUCAAAAGUCGGAAUGAGUUAUCCACAUUUAAAUCAUUUUAAUACUUAAGUUGUUAUAUCUCUGCAGUAUGUGAGAAUAGUGGUAAAGCUGGGGUAUAGGUC